CCUCUGACCACCAUCAGCAGGCAAGAUGGGUAAGGUGUCUUGCCCAAGGCCACCACAACUGAGACAGAGGGAGCGGGGAUUCGAACUGGCAACCCCCCGGUUUCAGGACCGGUUGUCCUAGCUUUGGGAUGGAUUGAGGAAGUCUGUUCUGAUUCAUUCAGACAAUAGAGCAGACCUUUUAUUAGAAAUUCAUCAAUUGUUAUUCAGAAUUCAUCAAUAGUGGUUACUGGUUACCAUCACAUGUAGGAUUAAAAUAAGAGGAAACAAGCUGGCAGACAAAAGCAAAACAAUCUACAAAAAGCAGUUGAUAUUGAUAUUGUGUGACUCAAGAAGACAGAGUGAAACGUUUACAAGACCUUUAGGUCAAAGUCUCUGGUUUAGAGAGUUAUUCUUUUUUUUAGAUACCUUAAGACGGAAAAUGUAGCAAGUUAGUAUUCAGACGCCCAUUCCAGUUGGUGGCGGUAGUACACCAAAGGGUCGUUUGUCAACCGCCAUUUAAGAAUAAGAAGAAGACGUUGAACCCUCAGGCCGAACGAUUGUUUUCUCCCCAGAAAAAGGUCGUCAAAUUCUCAUCUGUACCUCCAGUUAAACCUGUCCUCCCGAAGAGUUGCUGACCUUUCACCCGGCCACCAUGAGCUCCCCCGCGUCCAUGCACACUCAACUCGCCGCCGUCAUUGAAGGUCUGGUCCACGCUGCGGUGGCGGAGCUGCAGAGGCUGGAGGAGGAGAGGCCGGUUAUCGGGGCCCGAGGGGCCAGAGAAGAGCGGCAUGAGGCGUUCAGAGUGCAAACGGAGAACCGGGAGAAGUUGGUGCGGUUUGCCUCCAUCAUGGAGACUCUGGGAAACGAGGCUCUUGGGAAGAUCCUGAACAUCAUGGAUGAGGCCAGGCUUGUGGUUCAGGUGGGGCGAGGCAGUAAAAAGCACCAGACCAGCAUCCUCAACAUCCUCAACCACACAGCCUUGGCAGAGCAGGAGCACUCAUAUGGAGUCAGAAAACAAAGCAGCGAGACAGAAAACAUGGUUCAGGUGAAAACGGGGGGAUGUGCUGUGGAAACAUCAUUUGUUCCAGCGGUCAGCGUUAGAGAUGGACAUGGGAACAUUGACCCGGGAGCCAUUAGAGAAAGAGCUCAUGUUGAAGCCGCUCCAUCUCCGCCGUCUGACCUGCAGCAGCCACCGUUAGAGUUUUCUGCUAUUUCUGAGACUCCCCAGCAGAAGGCCUCCCAAAAGAUGUUCUCGUGCUCUGUCUGCAAGAAGUCCUUCUCUUCUCAAAGCAACCUGAAGUCUCACCAGCUCAUCCACACGGACGAGAAGCCAUUCUCCUGCAGCGUCUGCAGCCGAGCCUUCCGCCAGAGGCAAAGCAUGCAGAGUCACAUGCGAACACACACGGGCGAACGCCCGUUUGAGUGUCCUAAGUGUGGAAAACGGUUCUCAAAACAAGCGCAGCUCAACACGCACACUGUCAUCCACACCGGAGAGAAGCCAUACAGUUGUGAUGUUUGUGGCCGCCGCUUUAACCUUCCACAGAACCUGCACCGCCACACCGUCACCCACACUAGAGAGAAGGUCUUUAUCUGCAAUGAAUGCGGCAAAAGCUUUACCCGCGCUGUUACACUGAAAACACACCAGCUCAUCCACACUGGCCAGAAGCCCUUUAAGUGCGAGCAGUGCCACAAAUCAUUCCGGCAUGCUGUCAACCUGAAGAGCCACCAGAGGAUCCACAGCGACCUGCGGCCCUAUUGUUGUGACCUCUGCGGGAAGACGUUCCGACAGGCGGUUAACCUUAAGAUCCAUGGUCGUAUCCACACCGGUGAGCGGCCCUUCAGCUGCCAGCAAUGCGGCAAGACGUUUAGCCAGCAGAGCAGCCUGAUCUCCCACAGCCGCACUCAUUCCACAGACAGGCCAUUCCAGUGUCCGACAUGCGACAAAACAUUCAACAAUGCCAACAGCCUUAAGCUUCACCUACGCAUUCACACCGGAGAGAAGCCCUAUGUCUGCGACAUCUGUGGCAAGGCCUUCAGCCAGGGAAGCCAUCUGAGGACGCACAGGAGGCAUGUUCACGCAGGCGGCAAGCAGUUCAUCUGCGACAGGUGUGGGAAGAGAUACGCCGACCAGCGCUACUUGAAGCUUCACAAGUGCUGCUAUGCAUAAACCAGUAAGGAAAAGACCUAAAGUCAGCUGUCUCUUCAGAGGAUGUCACACUACUCUACUUCUGCAGUUUCCAAAUUUAAACACUCCCAUUGCCAUGGAUACCGCUCUGUCCUCAGCUUUGACAUCCUUCUGUUAAGAUUUUCUGAAUGAUCUGAGCUCUCAAUUUUAUUUACCAGUAUGUUGAUUCUGAGGCUUUCUGUGAACCUGUUAAAAUAAAUUUAUAAUGUCAUGUAUUAAUUUUUACAUGAUGUUUUUAAUUGUUUGAAAAGAUUAAUAAAAUCUAAACCUGCA